UUCGGCCUUUCACUGUGUCUGGUGCAAUGUCAUCGCCUCCCUAACUGGCGUUUACUGAGUAAAAAUACACACUUUCACAGCCAAACGAACGCAACCUCGGGUGUUAAGUCGAACGUCAACAGAGAGGACAUGUAAAGCCAUCGUUUUGAAAAGGAGGAAUUGUAUACGCUGACUAAGGAGAACACAUUAAGUUCACAUAUCGAGCCUUUCUUUUAUAAGGUCCUGCUGUAGUUCUGGUCUGUAUCCAGUCUCCUCUCUAAAUGGCGAUAGCACGCCAGUUUGGAUUACUCUUGUGGAAGAACUACCUUCAGCAGAAGCGUCAGAUCCUGGUGACUCUAGUGGAGAUCGCCCUGCCCCUGCUCUUCUCGGGCAUCCUCAUCGUGCUGCGCGAGAACGUGCCCUUCAAGGACUACCCCAACGCCACGCUCUACCAGAGCUUCUCUGUGGAUGGCCUGCAGUACCCACUGGACAACUACCAUCACUACCAGUUGGCCUACGUGCCGGGCAACGCCAGUGUGGUGCGGUGGGUGGCGGAGGACGUGCAGCGCAGCCUGCACCCCGUCAUCAGUUCAGUGUAUGGGUUUGAGACAGAGGAGCAGUUUGAGGACUUUGUGAGGAAGGACCCUCAGUCUCGGAAGGUUCUGGCUGCUGUGGUGUUUGAGCACUCCUUCACUCACGAUGAUGAGCCACUGCCCCAACAGGUCAGCUACCACCUGCGGUUCAGCUUUAGUCCCCGUAAUGCCCCGGCCAAGGAGAAGUCUGAGCUAAACAUCAACAAUGACUUUGACUGGCACACCCUCAACUUGUUCCCCCUCUUCCAACUGCCCGGGCCCAGGGAGCAGUACGACCUCCAGGGGGGCACGCCUGGUUAUUUCCGCGAGGGCUUCCUGGCAGUGCAGCAUGCGGUCAACCAGGCAAUCAUGCGUUCCUAUAACAGCACAGGAGCAGCCUGGCUCCUCUCCCACACCCGGGUGGUCCUCCGCCGAUUCCCCUUCCCGCCGUUCAUGUACGAUGUGUUCAUCCUGGCCAUCCAGAACCAGCUGCCCCUCCUCCUGGUGCUGAGCCUCACCUAUACCUCUCUGAACAUCGUGAGGGCCGUGGUGCAGGAGAAGGAGAGGAAGCUCAAGGAGUACAUGCGGAUGAUGGGCCUCAGUAACUGGCUGCACUGGACGGCCUGGUUCCUCAUGUUCUUCCUCUUCCUCGCCAUCUCCAUGUUCUUCGUCACGCUGCUCUUCUGCAUCAAGGUGAGCCCUAAUGGAGCUGUGUUGACCUAUAGUGACCCCACCCUGGUCUUUGUCUUCCUGCUUGUCUUUGCCGUGGCAACCAUCAACUUCAGCUUCAUGAUCAGUGCCUUCUUCUCAAGAGCCAAUGUGGGAGCGGCGGCGGGCGGCUUCAUCUACUUCCUGUCCUACCUGCCGUACGUGUUCCUAUGGCCUCGCUACGACCUGCUUAGCCACGCCCAGAAGGUGUCUGCCUGCCUCAUCUCCAAUGUGGCCAUGGCCAUGGGAGCGCAGCUACUAGGCAUGUUUGAGGGCAAAGGCACGGGGAUCCAGUGGUGUAACCUGUUUGAGUCGGUGACGGUGGACGAUGACUUCUCCCUGGCCCAGGUGCUGGGGCUGCUGCUGCUGGAUGCCCUGCUCUAUGGCCUGGUGGCCUGGUACGUGGAGGCUGUGUUCCCAGGGGAGUACGGAGUCCCUCUGCCCUGCUACUUCUUCCUACUGCCGUCCUACUGGUGCAGCAGCCCCCGCAUGGCCAUGGUGAAGGAAGAGGAAGACGUGGAGAAGGCUCUGAAGGGAGAGUUCAUCGAGGAGGAGCCAGCCGGACUGGUCUCAGGAGUCAAGAUCAAACACCUGAACAAGGCAAGGUCUUAAAUGCAACCUGUCCACCCAGUCCCAAUUCGAUCCCUACCCAUCCCCUUGGCUGUAACAUCAAGUGGUUGAACAUGUUUUUACAGAAAAAGAAACCCCCUUGUAGCUUUACCAUUAUGGGAGUGUGCCUUUAUUUCAGUGUGGUCCUCAACAUGUAAAAGAGAGCAUCUCAUUUCAUAUUGUUAUGUAAUGAUGUUUUCGAACUGGAACUAGGCAGGAGAUUUUUGGUACAUUUUUUGUAUGUUUUCUUCCGUUUGAAGAUUAAUCAACACAACCCAGGGCUGGGUAGUUAAAACACUUUGCUAAGUGUGGGAGAAGGAGAUGAGGAGAAGGAUAAUGGAGAAGGCGAUUAUGACGCUAGGCCCUUAGACCCAGGGCUGGAGAUGAGGUGAUUACACCCA